AUGAGUGACUUCUGGGAGCAGAAUAAAGGCUCUAUCAAGUCUGGCUUUGCCACUGCUGGCAAAAUGGGCUACCAGGGCACCAAAUUCGUGGCCAAAACUGGUUAUAAGGCCGGAAAACAGCAUUAUAAUAAGUCCCGGGGAAUUCCUGGCGAGCAGUCCGAUAGCAGUUCCAGCUCUCUGAGAGGGAGUACACCUAUUGCUUCGCUGCCAGAUGUGUCAUCUCUACCACCACCACCUUUGAAGCCUGGCCAAGUUUCAUAUCAUGGCUCAUCUAGAACUAGUGGUAUGACUGCAGCAUUACCACCACAGCCACCACAGAUGGUUACUCAACAAAUUCCUGUUAGCCAACCUCAAACUAUGUACCCAGAGCCUAUUCAGAUGUUUGACAACAGCAAUGCACCGCAGGCUGAUAUUCAGCCUACUCAGAGCUCAAUUCCGCUCCAGUCGCCCGUAGCAGCCCGUCCAAGCGCUGCGAUUCCUCUGACAGGUCAAAUGUCGCAAAACACCUCUAUACCGGUAGCUUCUCAAAUGAUUUCCCAGAUGGCCCUUCAGCGUUCUAUGCCAACGGAGACGACUACUACGAUAGCCAGUAUUCCUCCAUCGUUACAUCUUGAUACAGCUUCAAUUACCAGCCGUGUGCCGGAAGUCAACACAAGAGCAGUGCCAUUAGCUCCGGUGCCUGCUCAAACAUCCAUUCCUACGCGAGGAACACCCUCGCUGCCAUUUGGCGCGGCAACAUCUAUAAGCAAUCAGGAUGCGCAGGCUUCCACAAGCGGCCAACAACAAGUACAAGCUCAAGCCAUUCCCGAAAGGACUUACUUCCGCGCACCUGCUCCAAUUCCUACACAAAAUGUUCAACAGAUUGUCCAGCAGCCUGUCCAGCAGCCUGUCCCGCAGUCGCUCCCGCAAUCUGUCCAGCAGCCUGUUGCACAACCAAUUGCACAACCUGCUCAACAACCUGUUCAGCAACAAGUUUCACAGCCUAUAUCCGGUCCUGUGGCUUCACAGGACGAGGAAGAAGCAAAAACCUCAAGGAUAACGGUAAAGCCUUACGAAUGGAAAGAUCGCGAAGAAUUGAGAAAGACUUUGAGAAAUAAAAUACCGGAAGCUGAUCUAUCUACAUUUUCACCGCCACCAAAACAUCAAGAUCUUUCCCCAAGCACUUCCGGUUCAUCUUCCCCUCGACAAUCGCUUGCCAGUCCCAUUACAGCGAAACCGCGCGCUGCCGUUGCAAUGACUGGUGCGCCAGUGGAACAAAGUUCGAGCAAAACAGUGAAGAGUACCACCAGCGGCAAAGGCCGUGAAGAACAGCCAGCUGAACGAGGUAUUGCCGGGAACUACACCAAUACAGGUGCUGUUAAUUUUCCGCCACCUCCGAAAGCCUCAAGAGCGAAUGCUCAAGCUCCUCCGCCAAUUGCUAGCAAGCGUUUUAGUCCACAGACUAGUGGAAAUUCACAGCACCAAAGAAAACCUCCAGCUUUACCCCAAAGAACGAGUACGUCAAGAUCUUUGGUGCUUGAAUCUGUCACGCCAACGCCUAUUAAUUCAAAAGCACCUGAAAGACAGACUGAGUUCCAGCCUCCACCCAAGCCUUUCAAAAAAGACGCGAGAGUCACACCUGCGCUUCCUGCAGUGCCACCACGCCGCACCACUUCCACAGCAUCUGUGAGCUCUAAUGAACCUGACACGGUUCCUCCACCUUAUGUACCCAUCGAAACGCCGAAUCGCUCAGAUCGAAACAUGUUUACAGCGCCUACUUCAGUGAAUGCUGUGCAGCCAAGGAAAAGUCCUCCUCCGAAGAAGGCACCUCCCCCAAAGAAGGCGAUUCCCCAGUACCUACAAAAUACUCAAGACGAGACUUCAAGCACAGCGAAACGCACUGACUUGAAAAUUGCAUCUAGUAAAGUCCCGCCACCUAAACCAGCAAGAAAGAAUAUAGCUGCCCCUCCCAAACCAUCUAGAAAACCGCCAAUGUUGAAUAUAGCAAGCGAGGAGAGUAAUUCUGGCGAUGCGGAUGGACUGAAUGCGGAACUGCUGGCAAAGAUCAAGUCAAGACAGCCAUCGAAUCUAAAAGAACAGAAGAAGCCAUUUACGGCAGAGGCUAAGAUUACAUCUGAUAACAUACGGCCUGCGGUUCCGGCUGUCAAGGUGGGAGGGUAUGUGAAUACACUUACUACGACGCCAGCGGAUCCUGAUCUUGAUGACAGUAACGAGAACCCGUUCCAACGGUACCUAAAAAAUGCGGUGCCAAUGGAUCACGAUAGACUACACAAAAGUUAG